AGGGCGCGGGUGGGGACGGAUCGCGACCACUCCGCGAGGGCGAAGCACGCUACGACUAUAAACAACAGGAGCAGCAAUCAAAGGAGCAGCGACGUACCCUAGUUGUGUGUAAAGUUUUUAAAGACAUGGACAAAGGCAAGAAGUCGAGUAGGACCUCGGAUGGUGGCGGAGCGAGCAAAGCCAAAGAGCCUACUUUCAACAAAGAAGAUGGAUACGUGCGCAUGUACCUGCGUGGGAGACCCAUCACCAUGUUCAUGCCUCAGGACGCAGUGGAGGGAUACAAGAUAGGCGCGAAGCUGGAACUACCUGCAGAGAAACUCUCCCUUGAGUGGGCCUAUGGCUACCGUGGCAAGGACUGCCGCGCCAACGUGGAGCUGCUGCCCUCGGGGGAACUGGUCUUUUUCGUGGCAGCUGUGGGCGUGCUGCAGCACGUGGAGAGUGGCGUGCAGCGCCACUAUCUGGGCCAUGAUGAUGACAUCAAAUGCAUGGCCGUGCAUCCGGACAAGGUUAUUGUUGCAACUGGGCAAGUGGUUGGGAAGAGCAAGGAUGGGAAGGUGCUUCCUGCCCACGUGCGGGUGUGGAGCUCCGCCUCGCUCGAGACGCUGCACUUGAUCGGAGGAGGAGUCUUCGACCGGGGCGUCCUCUGCAUUUCCUUCUCCCGAGCCGUACGCUCAUGCCAUUUUCACAUUUACUACUCUGCAGCUCAUACUCUGCGGUUUUAAUGCUCGCUGGUUUAUUUAC